AUGGAGACCAUUUCUCGCCUUUCGAGCGACAAUGGCUCCCCAAAAGCCACUCAUUCUUUUGCAUGCGAUUCCCGUCCUGCUUCUUUCUCUCAACGCCGCUGGUCGCGUCUCGGCCAGUUUCGACUUUCUCAAGUCUGGAGGCCCUUUUACACCGGCCUGUUAAUUCUAAUUGUUAUUCUUUGCCUGUCACCCACCGCCGCGGCGCAAUCACAAUCUGCAUCUGCAUUGGAGCUAAACGCGGAUAUCCCGCGAUCGGAUUCUCACGCAAGUGGAGAGAUCUUCGUGGACGGUCUCCACGGAAGAUCUUCAUCGCUCCAGCCUCGUGGAGGUGAAGGGGAUGGAAGUGAGAACAAUAAUAUCGGAAAGCGCUCCAGUGAUCGGCUUCUACCCCGGAAAAUCGUCACUGCCAAUUCCAACUCGUCCUCGUCCAUGCCGACUCCAUUCGAUACGAUAUCAUAUAACUUUGCGAAUCAGACCUGUACUACAUUCUUCACCGACUUUCUCGCCAACUCGACCAUUACAGACUGCCAUGCUAUCUCACUACUCCUCGAGAACUCCAAUUCUUUCUUCCACACCUUGAGUUCCGCCGUGGCUACCUCGCGCGUCCUCGAUGUUACUUGCUCCCAGUCGGUCACGAAAUGCGCUUCCAUUAUGACCAACCUGGCUAGCGAGAUGAUUAAAACUGAGAACUGUGGGGAUGACUACAGCGCGGGAAACUCGGUCGUGCAGGGCACCUACCAAGACUUGAUGGCAUAUGAGCCUGUCUAUCGAGCGACUUGCUUGACAAACCCCGACACGAAAGACUAUUGCUUCGUGGACGCGGUGCAGAAUACGACAGCACCAAACGACUACAAUGUCUACUUCAUACCGGUUGGUACGCCGCUCACCAAAUCGGGGGUUCUGACUUGCAACGAGUGCCUGCAAGCCAGCAUGGAUAUUUUUGCCCAGUGGGCAAAGGUCAACAACCAGGCUCUGGACACCACCUAUGUUCCAUCUGCAAAAGUUGUCAACAAAUAUUGCGGGGCCAACUUUGCCAACACCAAUAUCACAGUCGGCUCUAAUAGAGUCACAGCUGGUGCUGGGCUGAGUGUACAACUACCUGGGGCUCGACUCACAUUCGCCUAUCUGGGACUAUUCCUCGGACUCGGCUAUAUGGGAAUGCUCUAA